GCAGUCCAGUCCCCCAAGCCUUGUAACAUUUCUAUCAAGUUGAAUCACCCCCCAUAGUAAGCAAUUAAGCGGCCGUUAGUCAUUACCCCAACCUAAUUAUACACUCAAUGAUUUAUAUGCGUCAUCUCUGCGUGCUAGGUGUCAUCAGAAAGGCUAUAACUGUACUAUCUGCCAGUGUUGCUUUCAAUUUGCUUUUUUUAGACCCAGUCUGCAUUCCUUAGUGGUCUUGGCUUUCAUACCUCACUGGGUUAUUACUGCGCUAUUGUGUCAGUUUUAGUACGUGCUUGUGUCGAUGACUUAACUCAGACUUGAAUCCAGAAAUAAUACGGAGUUUAAUUUGAACGCGGAGGAGUUUUUGACAGUAGCAUACAAAAAACAAGCAGAUAUUUUAAGGACAGUAUUUCAGGAUUACCGUGGGUGAACAAUGAGAAGACGCAAGAACAGUCAGCAGCCUAAUCUGAAGUGUGUUCGUGUGAUGGUGAUGGGAAAAGACGGUGUUGGAAAAACAGCUCUUAUCGUAAGAUAUCUGACGAGGCGAUAUAUCCACGAGUACGACAAGACUCUAGAAUCGACCUAUCGACAUCACCUUCAAAUUGAAAACGAAUUUAUCUAUCUAGAUUUAAUGGACACGGCGGGUGAGAACAACCAGUCCAAACUCGAGCGCUGUCUCUCCAACGGCGACAUGUUCCUUCUGCUUUACUCAAUCGUCGACCACGCAUCGUUCGACGAGGUAGCGCGCAUCGCGCGUUACAUCAAAGAUCACAAAUACCAAGAAGCACGCCUAUUGAUCUUAAUAGGAAACAAGCGUGAUUUAGGACACAUACGGAAGGUAGAUGAGACUGAAGGGAGUGCCUUAGCACAGGAACUUGACUGCCCUUUCUAUGAAAUAUCAGUAUCUGAAUGCGACGGCUACAAAGAGGUAUCUGAUAUGGUCUACAUGUGUCUGAAGAAAUAUCUACAAAACGAUAAACAAGACAUGACAAAAGCACGGGUUGCCAGUAGCACCUCUUCACUUAUAAAAAUGAAAGACGGUUGGAUGCGCAAAGCUGGGGCCAUGAGACGCAAAUCGGUUACUACUUUAUAGCAUUAGUGCGCAUGUCAUGUGCAUGAGCUGCGCUGACCAGACAUAUAGAAUUUUAUAUCAAAUACGUUGUCAUCGAGAACAUAAGUAUGUUGAACUGCGGAUUUUAAUUAAUUGUAAAUAUCUUGUUUUAGAAACACAUAAUGUAGGGCUGUYAACUUUCCCGGAUAAACCGGGAGUCUCCAGAUUUUGGACCGUGUCUCCCGGUCUCCAGAUUAGAGUAUCAAAUCUCCCGGAUAAUCCCCGAAGCUGACCAUUUCUUUUCUUGUGAGACUAGAC